AUGUCUGGAAGAGAGGAUACUACGGUCGACAGUGGCCAACAUGACACCAAUUCAGCCUCGAGCAAGAAGCGGACCCACCCAGAGGAUUUCAAGCGUGCGUACAAAGCAUGCAUCAAUUGUCGGCAACGCAAGGCAAAAUGCAUCCUGGGUACCGGUCCUGAUGGCGGCGAACUAAAGCCGCCAUGUCAAAGAUGCAAGCGAGAGAUGCGCGAAUGUGUUUUCCGGUCUGAGCGGUCGUGGGUCAAGAGACGCAAACCUGGAGAGGCGAGAGAGAAUGAAGAGGAGGAAGAGCCGGUCCGUCCUCAAUCAAACCCUGCGCCAGUUGUGCAGCCAUCUCCAGGCCACAGGUCGUCCAUAUCAACACAUGGCUUCACCCCAGGAGGUAGCCCUCAUGUCAACGGCAAUCACCGUUCUGAAUACCACCAGUCUCCACACAGCCAUCUGCGCCGCAUCUCAUCUUCCCAGCCAGACCUAGCUCAUUCGGUGAUGAGGACAGUUGUCUCGAGCGGGAGUGAUGCAUUGAAUCUGCUCUUCGAGGCUGCGCAUCACCGUGACGCAAUAGACAGCCAGGAGCAGUCGGGUUCCCAAGCAUAUGAGACGCCCAGAUCGGGACCUUCCGGCUACGACAAUGGCAUGCCGUCGUCACCGUUCCACACCUUCAGGGCACAACCCGUGCAAAUGUCUACACCCUCACCUGAGACCCUGAAGACGUGGACAUCGUGUCGAUUCGUGCAGAUGGGAUGGUUCUCCGCACAUGAAGCCGUCACCUAUGUUGAUCUGUUCUUCAAGAACUGUUCGCCCUUGUCGCCCAUUCUUGGCGAGUUCUACUCGCAUCAUGAGAACCAUUACACGUUGAUUGCACUGGAUCCAUUUCUUUGCACUACUAUACUCAUGAUAUCAUCCAGAUACAACAUUCUUCCCGGUGUAGGGGGCGCUUCUCGGGGCUACUUUGUGCACGACAGGUUAUGGGAGCAAUGUCAACGCUUUAUCAUGAAGAUCAUGCUUGGACAGGUUAAGCCUUCCAAAGCUCAGAGCCGGACAAUUGGAUCAAUUGAGGCACUUCUGCUGCUAUCCGAAUGGCACCCGCGUGCGCUACACUUUCCGACUGCUGCUGACGGCUGGGAUUGUGAACUGAUGAUCGGCGCAAACAACACCACCGAGGAAGGGGCAAAGCUCUUAGAGGGGGAUGUAACCUCAAAUCGAUGGCUUGAAGACGUCAUUGAGCCAGCGAAGCGCUCUGAUCGUAUGUCUUGGAUGUUGAUGGGUUGCGCACUUUCACUGGCACAGGAGUUGGGUCUCUUCGAAGACAAUGCCCGGAUUGACAAAGACCAGGUAUCUUACCCGAAGUUUACUUCGGAAUACCUCGUUCUGCGAAGGAUUAGAGCCCGAAAGCUAUUAUACGUUCUGCUUGAACAACUAUCAUGGCGCCUUGGAUGCACUUCGAUGAUUCCACAAAGCCUCAAUCAUGCGUUGAUGGAGAAGAUCCCCAUCGACUCUGCAACGGGUGCUGUAGAGCAGUGGCAGUCUUUUAUGAGUGCUUGGGUAGAGCUUACUAAACUUGCGCGAUCAAUCUCAGACACCAUUUACCCUAACUCGGCGACAACGAGAAGUUUGCUGCGGACCGGCCGCUACAUUGGACUCUUGGAGCAUUUCCAACCCCUUUUGACAUCCUGGAGGAAGAAGUACCUCGACCCUUGCAAGCUCAAGGUGGGACUGCACGAUAUGCUGCAUAUUGAAUAUCAGUAUGUCCGAAUAUACACAAACUCGCUCGGUAUGCAGGCUGUUGUCGAACGCACACUUGCGGAAACCGAUCCGGACGUUCCCCAAGGGGACAAUCUUCCCUUCAAUCUCGAACCCAGAGACUACGACUUUAUCCAAGAAGUCGUUGACGGCAGCUGUCAGAUACUGCAAAAGGUUUGCCAAUUGUCAGAAACGGGCGCGCUUCGCUACUCACCAGUUAGGAUUUUCUUGCGCAUCACUACAUCAGCAAUUUACCUCAUCAAGGGGCUAAGUCUAGGGUCGCGAAACCAAAAACUGCAGUCGUCUUUGGACAUCCUGGACGCAGCCAUACGGGCACUGCGCGCAAGCACUCUCGACGAUAUGCACCUAGCCUCCCGCUAUGCUACCCUUCUCGACCUCCACGUCGCCCGUCUACGCGAAAGCUUUGUCGUCUCCUCACGUCCUCCACGCCUUCCAUCUCGUGCCACGUCCGCUGACCUUAAAGGUGGAACGACAGGCAUGGACUUUUUGAACAACCACAACGCCGGUCAAUCCAGCCUGUCAUCGCUUGCGGAAAACGUAUCAAAUCUUAUGCCAGAGGAUGAUUGGCUUGCGCUGCCUUUUGAUCCGGCAAUGGCGCCUUUCGGCCUUGAUAGUGGGCAGCAGAGCUUCCAGGGGUUUGAUGACGGAACCUUGGAUUUCAUUUGGAGUCUGCCCAUGUAG